UGUGGGCUCGUCCGGGCGGUGCGUGCGUGGGGGCCGGGGCUGCGGCGGGCAGAGGGCCCGCGGGCUGGGGAGGAGGAGGAGGAGGAGGAGGCGCUCCCUCUCCGGCGGGACAAAGGGCUGCGGGCGCGCAGGAGCCAUGGGCCGGCUGCCGCGUUAGGAGCAUCCCCGGCCGGAGGGGCGAGGAGGGAAGCGGCCGCUGCUCCCCUUCCCUCGGCGGGGGCUGCGCGGGGCUGCAGAUGGAGCCGGCGGUGCGGCCGAGCGGGGAUAUCCUGAGGCGGAACCCGCAGCAGGACUACGAGCUGAUCCAGCGGGUGGGGAGCGGCACCUACGGCGAUGUCUACAAGGCUAGAAAUCUUCACACAGGAGAACUGGCUGCUGUAAAAAUCAUCAAGUUAGAACCUGGAGAUGACUUUUCAUUGAUACAGCAAGAAAUAUAUAUGGUUAAAGAAUGCAAACACUGCAACAUAGUCGCCUAUUUUGGGAGCUAUCUCAGCCGUGAGAAGCUGUGGAUAUGCAUGGAAUAUUGUGGUGGGGGAUCCCUCCAAGACAUUUACCAUGUAACAGGACCUCUGUCAGAGUUACAAAUUGCAUAUGUAUGCAGAGAAACUUUACAGGGACUUGCCUAUUUGCAUAUCAAGGGCAAAAUGCAUAGAGAUAUAAAGGGUGCAAAUAUUCUGCUAACAGACCACGGAGAUGUCAAAUUAGCUGACUUUGGUGUAGCAGCAAAAAUAACAGCCACCAUUGCGAAGAGGAAAUCGUUUAUUGGUACCCCUUACUGGAUGGCCCCAGAGGUGGCAGCAGUGGAAAAGAACGGUGGAUACAACCAGCUCUGUGACAUCUGGGCAGUUGGCAUCACGGCGAUCGAGCUGGCAGAGCUUCAGCCCCCCAUGUUUGAUCUUCACCCCAUGAGGGCUUUGUUUUUAAUGUCAAAAAGUAAUUUUCAACCACCUAAGCUAAAGGAAAAAGCAAAAUGGUCAUCAACAUUCCAUAGUUUUGUCAAAGUAGCACUUACAAAAAAUCCAAAGAAGAGACCAACAGCAGACAGGCUCCUCUCUCAUAGCUUUGUAGGACAGCCUGGUCUUUCCAGAUCUUUAGCAGUUGAGCUGUUGGACAAAGUUAAUAAUCCUGACAACCAUACACACUACAUGGGAGUUGAUGAUGAUGAUUUUGAGCCUCACUCCGUCAUCCGCCACACGAUUCGUUCUACCAACAGGAACGUGAGGGCAGAGAGAACAGCAUCAGAGAUAAACUUUGAUAAGCUGCAAUUUGAGCCCCCUCUGCGGAAAGAAACAGAAGCUCGGGAUGAAAUGGUUGUGGCAGCUGGCACUGACUUUGCUUCACAUUGGAAUCCUUUUGUUGAUGGUGGAAGCAGCAAGGGGCUGCUCACAAAAUUUGGCGACGGGAGCGAAGAUGUUGAAGAAUCAACACUAAAGCGAGCUGGGCCACCUCCACUACCUCCUAAGCCAAGAAUAAGCAGCUACCCUGAGGAGAACCUCCCGGAUGAUGAGAAAUGCCAGACAAUAAAACAUUUCCCAGACCCUCAGAGCAGAGCCCCACCAGCUCACAGGAGACAGAGCAUCCCUGUCUGUGGACCACAGUCUGAUGCUUCCCCUGUUGGUAUGACCAGCAGCAUCAGCAGCCCAGGGUUGCUCACAGCCAGAUACAGUGACUUAGGAAAUGGGGAAGGGAUGCUGAAACUCAUUGAAGAAAAUGCAGAAGGGUCUGGACAAAUCCCUCAACUGCCAAGGAAAAAAGAGAAAAGAGAUUUUCCUAAACCAGCCAUCAAUGGUUUGCCACCAACCCCAAAGGUGCUGAUGGGAGCGUGUUUUUCCAAAGUCUUUGAUGGUUGCCCUCUGAAGAUUAAUUGUGCAACAUCAUGGAUACAUCCAGAUACUAAAGAUCAGUACAUUAUCUUUGGCACGGAAGAAGGAAUCUAUACUUUGAAUCUGAAUGAACUGCACGAAGCAACAAUGGAACAGUUAUUUCCCCGGAAGUGCACUUGGCUCUAUGUUAUCAAUAACACCUUAAUGUCCUUGUCAGGGAAAACAUUCCAGCUCUACUCCCAUAAUUUAAUAGCUUUGUUUGAACAAGCCAAAAAAACAGGAUUAGCUGCUCAUAUUCAAACCCAUAGGUUUCCUGACAAAAUAUUGCCAAGGAAGUUUGCCUUAACGACUAAGAUCCCUGAUACAAAAGGAUGCCACAAAUGCUGUAUAGUACGAAAUCCAUACACGGGACACAAGUACCUGUGUGGAGCUUUGCAGUCUGGAAUUGUUCUACUCCAGUGGUAUGAGCCAAUGCAGAAAUUCAUGUUAAUAAAGCACUUUGAUUUUCCUUUGCCAAGCCCUCUGAAUGUGUUUGAGAUGCUGGUGAUACCAGAGCAGGAGUACCCAAUGGUCUGUGUGGCCAUCAGCAGGGGCACUGAACCAAACCAGGUCGUUCAGUUUGAGACAAUCAACUUGAACUCUGCUUCCUCGUGGUUUACAGAAAUUGGUGCAGGCAAUCAGCAGUUAGAUGCCAUUCAUGUGACACAGCUGGAAAGAGACACUGUCCUAGUCUGCCUGGACAAAUUUGUGAAAAUUGUGAAUUUACAAGGGAAACUGAAGUCAAGCAAGAAAUUGGCCUCUGAGCUGAGCUUUGAUUUCUGCAUUGAGUCAGUGGUGUGCCUUCAGGACAGUGUGCUGGCCUUCUGGAAACAUGGCAUGCAGGGCAAAAGCUUUAAGUCAGAUGAAGUCACGCAGGAGAUAUCAGAUGAAACCAGGGUUUUCCGCUUACUGGGAUCAGACAGAGUGGUGGUGUUGGAAAGCAGGCCGACAGAAAACCCGACUGCCCACAGCAAUCUCUACAUCCUGGCUGGACACGAGAACAGUUACUAAGCACCAUGAACCCAGUGCCAGUAGCAGAGUGAAUUCGCCCCCGGAGAAACAAAAGGAGCAUUAGGAAACUCAGUGACUCACUGUUUCUUCUCUUGACACCUACAUGAUGCUGGUUUAGGGUGGAAAUCAAUACAUUUUUUGCAGCUGGGAACAGCUGGUUCUGUCUCUUGCCACUGUGUGGUUGGUUGUAUCGAGUUUGCUUAAUAAAAGCUAUGAGAUAAGUAGCCCUUUACUCAUUAGUUGUAGGGAAACAGAGCCUUUGAAAAUGUUUUGCAGUAAAGGUGCCAUAAACUGUUAAAUACUUCACUUCCCUUUGGGUUUUCUUUAUAUUCUGUAGAUACAGUGCUGGCAGUUCCCCUGUUUUAUACUGAGUCUUAUUCUUAAUUAAAAAGAUUUGUGUAGGAAGUGAAAAGUAUCUGCAAAGCUUUUUGGUUUUAAAUCUGCCAUUCAGUAUGGCUUUGUAUAAUAGACUAUUUAAUCCUUAUUUAUUAAUCUGCUGCUAGAACGGUGUAAUGUAUCUAACUUUUAGCAAAGGAAGGUUGCAGAGCAGCUUACAAUUUUGUUUGUGUUUUUUUUUUUUUACAAUUGUAUAAAGAUUUGAUUAUUCUUUUUUUCCUUUAGGGUUGUAGUGCAUUAUUGAGGGGUAUGUUACCAUGUUGGUUGAUCUUGUAAAAAUGCAGUUUUGUACAACAAAAUAUUUUGUAUGGAUUUUUUUUUUUUUUUGGCCUGCAGAAUUGCCAUAAAAGGGAUUUGUCUUAUUUACUACUCGAUGUAGGGUGUGUGUACACAAAAUAUAAUAUUGAUAUCAAACAUGUUGCUACUGGGUGGGUGUGUACACUAUACGUGUGUGUGCAUGUGUGGUUAAGUUGACUGGCAGUCUGUAUUUUUUAUAUAUAUAUAUUUAUAUAUAUAUAUAUAUAAAUGUACAAAAUCUAUAUGCUUUAUUUUCAUAAAUUAGGGAUAAGCCUUGUGACAUGAAAUGGAAAUUGUACCUGAUCAUCCUUAAUGAAUCAAAGUAUCAUGUAUCAAGCUGCCCACGACGUAUAGUUUAUUUAUACUAUUCCAGGGGGAGCCUGUAGUGGUAAUGGAGCUUACAAGCUUUUUUGUUUCUGUUGUCAGACAGCUGUCUGAGAUGGUUGUUUCCCCAGAUGUGUAGUAUAAAUAAAUAUGAUAAGAACCAGUAUUCUAUAUAAAAGCUUUUGAUCACUUUUUGCCCUCUCCCUCACCUGCAUAUUUCUUUCUCUUUUUAUUUCUUCAUUGAAGAGUCACAUCGGUUUCUUUUGUCUUCCUCACUGGUUACAAUUCUUGAGGUACCAUUAAAUAUAAAUACAGUCUGACUACAUGAUAGCAUCUGGUUUUACUACCUCACAUUAAUCUGCUAGCUUUGAUGUCAGUAAACACAGUCCUUGUGCAGAUACAGCAGCAGUUCCUACAGGUUGGAAUGGCAAGGGUUUGAAGUUGCACUGCACACGGUGCCUCUUCGACAGCUGUGAUUGCUCCCCUGGGAAAGGCAGGGGAGAAGUUUCACAGGUCGUUAUAAUAAAGCAGUCCAGGUAAGUGUGUUGGUGCAAGGGCUUGGCCUGUCUGAGGGCUCUGCUGACCCAGCAGGGCAGUUUGAUCUGAGCUGGCAACCCGAGGAGCGGGGUUGUCAGGAGACACGCUGGAGGGAUGACCUCGGCCUGCGAUGACUCCCUGGUGUCUGCUGGGUGCCAGGGAUAGCUGCAGUUCUGUGUUGUUCCGAAGGUCUGGAAGGAAAAACAGACUUGGGCAGAAUUUAGCAUUUUAUCCACUUUGCAUUGUCAUUCAAAACUAAUCCUUGUUCUUGGCCUGGUAUUGAAAUCCAGCUUUUCAGUUCUGAAACCGUAUUAAAGUGUCAUAAAAAAUAAGUGUAUGGAUACAACUUAAAAACCAGUUCACAUCAGCUGUUACUGGAUCAGCAGUAUUAAGAGAGCCAUGUCAUUUUUGUGGUUUCAAGAAAAUGAGUUUUCUAGGACUGAAAUUACUUCUCCAUAGGUAACAGUGAUUGGUGAUUAACUCUCAGAUGUUAUUAACUCCUAGUCUACAAAGACUUUUAAACGAAAAACAAAGUGAAGCACCAGGUGCAGAUGUCAUAGAGCAAACACUUUCCCUUAACUUACCUCAUUCACUGCCGAAGGUAAUUUUGGCUUCACCUUUGCAAACCCUUAAAGACUAGAGAAAUCUGUAAAUAAACUAUGAAUAUUUAUGGGGAGUAACUGGAGUAAAUAACUAUUAGGUCACUACACUGUCAUGCAGAAUAAUGAAUUGAAAAUUAUUUUGCUUUGAAUGACAUGGAUAACUGGUGAUUUGCUGAAUCAUAAAAAACGAAUCCAGGAAAGUCCUCAUUUAAUCAAACUCAUUUUUUAGCUGUUCAAGCAUUUCUAAUGGCACAUUCUGAAACGGUUGGUCUGGUUUUAUAGACGGUGGCAUUUUGGGCAUGAUCUGCAAGUGUAAAACCUCAUGAUCCUAGUGUAAAACCUCACUGGUUGCUCUUGUGGAGUCUCUCACAACAGAUUUGCAUGUUUCAUAGCUGAACCGGCCAGUCACGGUGACUCUGACCAGUAUCAUUUGUAUUUGUUCAAGUUAGUCUGGGAUUGUCUGUAUUUUUCUUGUUUUUGUGAUAUUUCAGCCAGGGUUGAGAAAGCCUAGUGUGUGGUUUUGGAGUUUGAUAAAGCUUGCUCACCCCCUCAUUACUCUUUUGACAGGUAUCAAAGUGUUAGUUAUUGGAUGCAUAAGAUUCAUGUAUUCAACUUUGAAAGCCUUAAAACAGGCUCCCAGUGCUCUUUGAAGUACAAACAGUAUUUGAAGAGCAGCCUGUAGAUGAAUCUGUCCUGAUUUCCUAACCAAAUUCAUUGUAACUGAAAAAUAGAGCUGUAAUUGUGUUGACAUCUCUUCAAAAGAUAAAAGGUACAACUCAUCAGCAAGCCACGUCUCUGACUGAAAAGGACAAGACUGGGAGACUUCCUGAAAUGUACUUUUUACCUUGUUUAGUCAUUAGAUUGUAACUGAGACUCUAACUGCACUUGUUCCAGUUUGUGUAACUAGGCUUUGUUCUACAUAAAUUUCUGUUGCAGUUCAUUUCAGUCUAUGCCAAAUAAACUAUGCUUUAUUUGAUACCUA